GUGGAUUAGUGGCUCUUUGCUGCUGCAUACCGCGCCCCAUAGCAAACAUCAGUUUUUCAACAAACAAAUUUUGUGCUAAUUUUUUAUGAAAUAUGUCAUCAGUGCAAGCAGCAUCAACUUAACUACAAAAUCAGUUACGCAGCUAUUGGCAAUACCGUUCAUAUACAAUUGUGAAAUGUGUGCAGUGAUUUAUAGUGAAUUUAUAGUGAAAUAGCAAAGUGUUUUCCACACGAAAUAUUUGUUUGAAAGUGUUUUUAGCACAACACAAUUUUCGGUGUAACCUAAAUAAUCCAGCCUGCGUUUGUGUAAUUUAUUUCCAUUUAAUUUUUUUUCCCGCCUUCCAGCUAUAAAAGCGUAAUAAAUGUGCUAGUGUUGAAAAUCGAAAAUCUAAAAUAGAUCGACAAACAAGUGUUAGUUUGGUGUUCGCACGCCAAAUUCAGUGCGCAAUAUUGAAACAUAUUGUGGAUUAUCAUUUGGAUACAAAAAAAAUUGUAAUUACAACAAAACAACAACAACAACAAAGCGUACUAAUAACGUACAGCUACAAAAGCAUCAACAGCAAAAGCCGUAAAAUGUUGCCACCACCGCGUUUAAACGCCAUGAAAUGGUUAACUCUGCUCGCAGCAAUUGCUGCCUUCUGCACCCCGCUCGCUUAUGCGGCAACACAACCCGAUGCCGACCAGAAAGGACCCGUCUUCCUCAACGAACCGACCAAUCGCAUUGACUUCUCCAACUCGACCGGCGCCGAAAUUGAAUGCAAAGCUAGCGGUAAUCCCAUGCCUGAGAUUAUUUGGAUACGUAGCGAUGGCACCGCUGUUGGUGAUGUACCCGGCUUGCGCCAGAUUUCAUCCGAUGGCAAAUUGGUAUUCCCACCUUUCCGCGCUGAAGAUUACCGACAGGAAGUGCACGCUCAGGUCUAUGCUUGUUUGGCACGUAAUCAAUUCGGCACAAUUAUUUCACGCGAUGUUCACGUACGCGCGGUCGUACCGCAAUCCUAUACGGUUAACGUCAUGGAUGAGGCUGUUUUGCGUGGCAAUAGCGCCAUACUCAAAUGUCAUAUACCCAGUUUUGUGGCGGAUUUCAUAUCAGUCGCUUCGUGGGUGGAAGAUGAAGAACGCGAAAUUUUCACCACUAACGAUGGCGUCGGACACUUUGAUAGCGAUGGUAAAUAUUUGGUUUUGCCCUCUGGUGAACUGCAUAUACGCGAAGUUGGACCCGAAGAUGGUUACAAAAGCUAUCAGUGCCGCACCAAGCAUCGUCUAACUGGCGAAACACGUUUGAGCGCAACAAAGGGACGCUUGGUGAUUACAGAACCCGUUGGUAGUGUUAGUCCGAAAAUGACUGCUGGCGAUGAUGCAAUAAAAAUACCAAAAGUAGCUAGUGGACAGAGUGCCACAUUAAUGUGCCCCGCUCAAGCCUAUCCAGUGCCAGUCUUUAGAUGGUAUAAGUUUAUUGAGGGCACCACACGCAAACAGGCCGUUAUACUAAAUGAGCGCGUCAAACAAGUCUCUGGCACAUUGAUCAUUAAGGAUGCUGUCGUGGAAGAUUCUGGCAAAUAUUUGUGUGUCGUCAAUAAUUCAGUUGGCGGUGAGAGCGUAGAAACUGUGCUCACUGUGACCGCACCACUUUCAGCGAAAAUCGAUCCACCCACACAAACUGUUGACUUCGGCCGCCCCGCCGUAUUCACCUGCCAGUAUAGUGGUAAUCCAAUUAAGACUAUCAGUUGGUUGAAGGAUGGCAAAGCGAUGGGACACAGCGAUCAAGUACUGCGCAUCGAAUCGGUGAAGAAGGAAGAUAAGGGCAUGUAUCAGUGUUUCGUACGCAAUGAUCAAGAAUCUGCGGAAGCAAGUGCUGAGCUCAAAUUAGGCGGACGUUUCGAUCCACCAGUCAUACGACAGGCAUUCCAAGAAGAGACCAUGGAACCCGGACCAAGCGUCUUCCUCAAGUGUGUAGCUGGCGGCAAUCCAACACCUGAAAUCUCAUGGGAACUCGAUGGCAAGAAAAUCGCAAAUAUUGAUCGUUACCAAGUUGGUCAAUAUGUGACAGUGAACGGUGAUGUUGUCUCCUAUUUGAAUAUUACAUCGGUGCAUGCGAACGACGGCGGUCUUUACAAGUGUAUAGCGAAGAGCAAAGUUGGCGUAGCCGAACACUCAGCGAAAUUAAAUGUCUACGGUUUACCCUACAUACGUCAAAUGGAAAAGAAAGCUAUUGUAGCGGGUGAGACUUUGAUUGUGACCUGUCCCGUAGCAGGCUAUCCAAUUGAUUCGAUCGUUUGGGAACGUGACAACCGCGCUUUACCCAUCAACCGCAAACAGAAGGUCUUCCCCAAUGGCACUUUGAUAAUUGAGAAUGUGGAACGUAAUUCCGAUCAAGCAACUUACACAUGUGUGGCUAAGAAUGCCGAAGGUUAUUCAGCACGCGGCUCACUCGAAGUACAAGUUAUGGUCCUUCCGCAAAUCACACCCUUCAGUUACGACGACAUAAUCAACACCGGCGACUCUAUCGAUUUGCUUUGUCAAAUACAGAAAGGAGAUCGCCCAAUACAAAUCAACUGGAGCUUUGAACGCGCCGCUGGUGAUGCGCGUUACGACACACUCCAACCGAUAAUGCGUACAAAUCGCUUUAGUAGCAAAUCGAGUGUGUUAUCGAUACCGCGUGCCACGCCCGCACAUACUGGCACCUACACUUGUACGGCUAGUAAUGCGGCUGGCUCAACGACGUACAGCACAAAUAUUACCGUGAAUGUACCACCAAGAUGGAUACUCGAACCCACCGACAAGGCUUUCGCACAAGGUUCCGACGCUAAGGUUGAAUGCAAAGCUGAUGGCUUCCCAAAACCACAAGUCACAUGGAAGAAAGCUGUUGGCGACACACCCGGCGAAUACAAGGACUUGAAGAAGAACGACAAUAUACGCGUAGAAGAAGGCACAUUACACAUUGACAACAUACAAAAGACCAAUGAAGGCUAUUAUCUCUGCGAGGCUAUUAAUGGUAUUGGCUCUGGACUUUCGGCCGUCAUUAUGAUUAGCGUACAGGCACCACCCGAGUUUACCGAGAAAUUGCGCAAUCAAACAGCACGUCGUGGCGAACCAGCGGUCUUGCAGUGCGAAGCGAAAGGCGAGAAACCCAUUGGCAUUUUGUGGAACAUGAAUAAUGUGCGUUUGGAUCCCAAGAAUGAUAACCGUUAUACAAUCCGUGAAGAAAUACUGUCCACCGGUGUAAUGUCGAGCUUGUCCAUUAAACGUACCGAACGCUCUGAUUCUGCGCUCUUCACCUGCUUGGCCACCAAUGCUUUUGGCUCAGAUGAUGCUAGCAUCAAUAUGAUUAUACAGGAAGUACCCGAGAUGCCAUACGCUUUGAAAGUUUUAGACAAAUCUGGACGUUCCGUACAAUUGAGCUGGGCACAACCCUACGACGGCAAUUCACCACUUAUCCGUUACAUUAUCGAGUUCAAACGUUCACGCGCAUCUUGGGAUGAAGUCGACCGUGUUAUGGUGCCCGGACAUACCACCGAAGCGCAAGUACAGAAAUUGAGUCCCGCUACCACUUACAAUAUACGCAUUGUUGCUGAAAAUGCUAUUGGCACCUCACAAUCUUCGGAAGCUGUGACCAUCAUUACCGCCGAGGAAGCACCAUCUGGCAAGCCACAAAAUAUUAAAGUCGAACCAGUAAAUCAGACCACAUUGCGCGUCACCUGGAAACCACCAGCACGCUCUGAAUGGAAUGGCGAAAUUUUGGGUUAUUAUGUUGGCUAUAAACUAUCGAACACCAAUUCUUCAUACGUUUUUGAGACUGUUAACUUUUUGACUGAAGAAGGCAAAGAACAUAGCUUGGAGCUGAAUAACUUGCGCGUUUACACACAGUACUCGGUUGUCAUACAGGCAUUCAAUAAGAUCGGCGCUGGCCCAUUGAGCGAAGAGGAGAAACAAUUCACCGCCGAGGGUACACCAAGUCAACCACCAAGCGACACCGCCUGCACCACAUUGACCUCGCAAACCAUACGCGUCAGCUGGGUGAGUCCACCACUCGAAUCGGCUAACGGUGUGAUCAAGACCUACAAAGUGGUGUAUGCACCCAGCGAUGAAUGGUAUGGUGAGUAUCAAGGGAGGAUGACAAAAGAUGACACCAAACGCCACUACAAGAAGACUGCCUCUUCCGACACCGUUUUACAUGGACUCAAGAAAUUCACCAACUACACCAUGCAAGUGCUGGCCACCACCGCUGGCGGCGAUGGCGUACGCAGCGCACCCAUACACUGUCAAACCGAACCUGAUGUACCCGAAGCACCCACCGAUGUCAAGGCUUUGGUUAAAGGUCAAGCUGCCAUACUAGUCUCAUGGCGUCCACCAGCACAGCCCAACGGCAUCAUACAACAAUAUACCGUGUACUCGAAAGUCGAAGGCGCCGAAGGUGAACCCAAGAGCCAGAAAAUACCACAAUACCAGAUGAGUUAUGAAGCCACCGAUUUGGAAAAGAAUAAACCAUACGAAUUCUGGGUUACCGCCAGCACCAAUAUUGGCGAAGGACAACAAUCGAAGAGCAUUGUAGCCAUGCCCAGUGACCAAGUGCCCGCUAAGAUUGCCUCAUUCGAUGAUACUUUCACCGCCACCUUCAAGGAAGACGCCAAAAUGCCAUGCUUAGCUGUCGGCUCACCACAACCAGAGAUCACAUGGAAGAUUAAGGGUGUUGAAUUUACCAGCAAUGAUCGUAUGCGCGUCAUGGCUGAUGGCACAUUGUUGAUUAAGACGGUUAAUCGUCAAGAUGCCGGUGAAUAUUCAUGUCACGCUGAGAACUCGAUUGCAAAGGAUUCCAUUACACACAAGCUAAUUGUGCUCGCACCACCACAAUCGCCACAGGUUUCACUCUCCGCUACCACUACCGAUUCGUUGACUGUCAAAUUGAAGCCACAUGAGGGAGAUACCGCACCGCUACAUGGUUACACACUGCACUACAAGCCAGAAUUCGGCGAAUGGGAAACUGCUGAAGUCUCUGUGGAUGCACAAAAGUUCACUAUCGAAAAUCUGCUCUGCGGCUCACGUUAUCAAGUCUAUGCUACCGGUUUCAAUAACAUCGGCGCUGGCGAAGCUUCGGACAUACUCAACACACGCACCAAAGGCUACAAACCCAAACUGCCAGAGAAACAACGUUUCAUUGAGGUUUCAUCCAACUCGGUUUCACUGCACUUCAAGGCCUGGAAAGAUGGCGGCUGCCCAAUGUCUCACUUUGUUGUAGAAAACAAGAAGCGCGAUCAAGCUGAAUGGAAUCAGAUUUCGAACAAUGUCAAACCCGAUAAUAACUACGUCGUUUUGGAUCUGGAACCCGCCACCUGGUAUAAUCUGCGUAUUACCGCUCAUAAUUCUGCCGGUUUCACUGUUGCCGAAUAUGAUUUUGCCACUUUGACUGUGACUGGAGGCACCAUUGCACCACUCGACGAUGGUCGCGGUUCAGGCAAUCUGAAUACACGUAUACGCCUGCCCGCCUGGAUGCCCGAAUGGCUGGACUUGAACUUUAUGGUGCCUUUAAUAGCCACAGUCAUUGUGGUAGCGGUUGGUAUACUUGUUGUAUGUGUAGCGCUUUCCAGACGCCGUGCUGAUGACUUACGUGGCGGACAAAAGGAUGUGUACUACGAUGUAGUUUACAAUCAGACCAUGGGACCUGGCGCCACAUUGGACAAACGACGACCCGAUUUACGCGAUGAGCUCGGCUAUAUUGCACCACCCAAUCGCAAGCUGCCACCAGUGCCCGGCUCCAAUUACAACACCUGCGACCGGAUUAAGCGAGCACGUGGCAUUCGCUCAAAUCACUCCACCUGGGAUCCACGCCGUACUAACUUGUAUGAGGAAUUGAAGGCCCCACCAGUGCCAUUACACGGUAAUCAUUAUGGUCCCGAGGAUGUACAGUGCCAUUAUAGACAUCCAGGCAUGGAAGAUGAGAUCUGCCCCUAUGCUACCUUCCACUUGCUCGGUUUCCGCGAAGAAAUGGAUCCCACCAAGGCAAUGAACUUCCAAACCUUCCCACAUCAAAAUGGACACGCACCCGGACCCGGACAUGCUGGCACCAUGGGACCACCUGGACACCCCGGACAUGUACACUCACGUUCCGGCUCACAGUCAAUGCCACGCGCCAAUCGUUAUGCACGCAAGAAUAGCCAAGGCGGACAAUCAUCGAUUUACACACCAGCACCUGAGUAUGAUGACCCAGCCAAUUGCGCCGAGGAGGAUCAAUAUCGCCGUUACACACGUGUCAACUCGCAAGGUGGCAGCCUGUACUCCGGCCCCGGACCCGAAUACGAUGAUCCCGCUAAUUGCGCACCUGAAGAGGAUCAAUAUGGCUCACAGUAUGGCGGUCCAUAUGGCACACCAUACGAUCAUUAUGGCUCACGUGGCUCUAUGGGACGUCGCAGUGUUGGUUCUGCACGUAAUCCAGGUAAUGGUUCACCCGAACCACCACCACCACCACCACGCAAUCACGACAUGAGCAACUCGUCGUUCAACGACUCCAAGGAGAGCAAUGAGAUCUCAGAAGCUGAAUGUGAUCGCGAUCAUGGACCACGCGGCAAUUAUGGUGCUGUCAAAAGAUCCCCACUGCAAAAGGAUCAGCGUACAACUGAAGAAAUGCGCAAACUGAUUGAAAGUCGACGGCCAUUAAACGAAACCGGUCCAAAACAACUCCAACAACAAAGUGGCGCAGGAUUCACAGCCUACGAUACUAUGGCAGUGUAAUUUGUAAACCGAUAAUAGCUGUAGCAACAACAACCACCAUCACCACCAACAACAACAACAUAAUUAAUUUAGCACAACAACAACAACACAAUUAGAUGAUGAAAUGAGAAAAAGCCGUGAAUGUAAAACCUCCCAAGCUCCACUAGUCACAGUAGCUGCAGCCAAAACAGAAACCAAAUAAUUUCUUACAGUGGAUUAGUUUGGUGCAUAGAGCAAAGAGAGAUAAUGUAGCGUGUGAGCGAGAUAUGUAGACUUUAAGAGUGGCAGAAAGAGAAGAGAGUGCGUGAGUUGGCAAGAGUUAGCGAGAGCUAACGGUAAAUUUGAAAGUAAACUCAACUCUCUCACUACAGUUGGAGGUUAGCGCAGCGUAAGGGAGUUAGGGAGCGCACUAUAUAUGGUACAUACAUACAUAAGUAAGAUAACUAAGAGAGGAAGUGUGUGAGUGGGGAAACUCAAGAAUAACGGGCGUAAUUUGUGCGAAAGAGAUAAACAUAGAGACAUCACAGUAAUCGUAUAAAACUAAAAAAACAACAAACACUCUCUCUCUUUUUUUGCUAAAAAAAUAAAUAAAAAACGUAACGAAUAAGUUAAUGACGAUGAAAAUAAAAAUUAUGCAAAAACAAAAAUGAUGAAAAAGUAAAAAAAGUUGCAGAGGAGUUGUGUAACGAAAUUUGAAUGAAAAAGAAAACAAAAAAAUAUUGCAUAACUACAUAAACAUACAUACAUAUAUAUAUGAAACGUAUUUAUAUUAUACAAAAUAUGCAUAAAAUUAUAUUAUUAAUAUUACUACAACAACAAGAAAAACAAAAAACGAAAAAAUAUAUAUACAUAUAUUAAUUAUUAUUAUUAUUAUUAUUAAAUGUUCUAUGUGAAAAGAGAAACUGAUAAGAAAAAUAAUGAAAAAUUAAAUUUAAGCAAAGCAUGCUGCAAGCAAGUGAGAGCGCAGGGCGGCGUGUGAAAGAGUAAGAGUAAGAGAGCAUGCGAAACAACUACUUCAUUAAAGACGAAAACACCAGUAAAAUAUUUUACAUACAACAAAUACAACAAAUACAACAACAACAGCAAAAGCAAACAAAUACAAUCUUAAAAUAUUUGUUUUUAUUUGCUGUGCGCAAAAAACAAAAACAGCAAAAAAUUAAAUAAAAAAUAAAACAAAAACCAAAUUUUACUUUUAAAUGCAA